AUGGAUGGGAAAUCUAUAUACGAAAAAUUUAAUACAGUUCUCAGGAACUAUGCCAUCGAUGAAAUAGGCAUACUUCCUUAUUCUCUGCCCGUUCCUCUUUCAUACGAUGAUAAUUAUCCAUUGAUCGUUGAUGAGAAAGCAAAGCUGGGAAUACCUGUUGAUUGUGUAAAUAAACUGUUUCAACAUGCCCAUGGGAUCUUCAUGAGUACACGGCGGAGAGAUGAUUUAGAUGAAAACAAACAAGCAGCUAUGAUUGACGAGGCUAGCCGCUGCCUAGUUUUGAUAAACCCAGACUGUUAUACUGCCGUAAAUGCGAGAAAAGUGUUGGUGAGUCAAGGUAUUGUAGACCCAUCGGAAGAGCUCAAUCUCCUUGCCCUAAUAUUCACCGUUCCCAAACACUCAAAAAGCUCGGUUGCAUGGUAUCACAGAAAAUGGCUCCUUCAAUCCUAUCCUUAUCUAAUGGAAUACAAGCAUGAACUCUCACUUGCCCAACGAGCAGCUGAAAUAUAUCCAAAAAACUACUAUGCAUGGAGUUAUAGGCAUUGGGUAGUCUCAAAGAUACCACAUGUUUCCUUUAUCUUAUUAGAAAAUGAGCUUCAGAAUAUGAAACAAUGGAUUAGAAUGAAUGUAUCCGAUUACUCUGGUAUGCAAUAUCGACAGAGAUGUCUGAUCGUAAUGACUCAGCGACGUCUGUUGGAAAACCAGGAGAGCCGCGAUUUAUGUGGUGUCUCUCGUAAUGAUUUAUGGAAUAGAAGAAAUGAUGGCGUCUAUCUUCCCAGUAAAAAUAGUAACGAGAUUAUACAAUUAUGGCGCAAUGAAGUAUUAUUCACUAGAGACCUAAUACUGACAUAUCCUGGUCAUGAGGCAUUGUGGUGUCAUCUGAGAUUUGUGUCAUUUGCAUGUAGGUGGUAUGAUAUCAACAGUAGCGCGUAUGAACCGAUAGAAAGGUUGGAUAACAACAAGUCUGCCAGCGUCACAGGUACGUGGUCUGACCAAGAGGGGGAAAUUGCCUUCGUACAUCAUUGCAUUGAACUGGGGGAAAAGAAACGCCUGGCUAUGCCUGCGAACACAACGAAUGCAUCUCUUCAAAAGAAAUAUGCCUUAGCCUACGAACUAUGGAUUAGUGAAUUGGAUUGUAAGACUGCAAAUGAAAUGAAGAAGGUUACGUCUUGUCUGAAUGAACUUGCUGAAGAAACGAAUUACUAUCAUGUGAGAAUAGAUAAUGAAUUGUGA